UUCAAUUGUGGUCACUUAUUUAAAUUGUAUAACACUGUAAGUGCAGUUUAAUUAUUUACAGCAAUUUCAUUAAAUGGCUCCAAACAUAAAAAUUGUGCACAAUGAGAAACUAGUUCUUGGUGAGGGUCCAUACUGGGAUCAUGUUGCUCAAGUGCUCUAUUAUGUUAAUGUAUUGGAAAGUACUAUUUUCAAAUAUGAACCAAGUACUGAGAAAUUCACCCAAGUUAUUGUAGAUAAGGAAAAAAAAUCGAGUGUGAGCUUCGUUAUACCUGUAGAAGGUAUCAAAGACAAAUUUGUCAUUGGGUAUGGAAACAAACUUGCCCUUUUGACUUGGAAUGGUAUCAGUACUUAUCCAACGAAUCUUGAAAUACUUAUCAGUUUGAAUGAAGCAACUGACACUGUAUUUAAUGAUGGCAAAGUUGAUGCCAGAGGUCGUUUGUGGACCGGGACAGUAUUCCCAGGUGUCAUCACUGGAUCCCAAGAACGACGCGGAGAGUUAUAUAGCAUGAAUUCACAAGAAAAGUGUGUCACAAGUCAUGCUACUGGUAUAGGAAUCAGCAACGGUCUUGCAUGGUCAACUGAUCACAAAAUAUUUUACUACAUCGAUAGUUUGAAUAAUACAGUUGAUGCAUUUGAUUAUAAUAUUAACAGUGGAGAACUAUCAAACCGUCGUAUAGCUUUUGACUUCGUGAAGAAUAAUUUGAAGGGGUUUCCUGACGGGAUGACUAUAGAUACAGAAAAUAAACUGUGGGUUGCUGCAUUCAAUGGAAGUGCUGUACAUCAAGUAGACCCUGAAACUGGUUCUCUUCUUCAAUCUGUAAAAUUCCCUACCUCACAGAUAACUUCUGCCACGUGGGGAGGACCAAACUUGGAUGAACUCUAUGUCACAAGUGCCAGUCACUCGGAAACAGGACAGAAUUUUUACGCAGGACGCUUGUUUAAAGUUACAGGACUCGGUACAUCUGGUCUCCCAGAUUUGAUUAACUUGACCUUCCAUGGAUCUCUCACUGAUAGCUUGUCUUAUAUAAAGAGCAGUUGCGAAGGAAAACUUUUAGUUUGCAAUUCUUCUGGAUCCGUUUCACUAAUAAUGGCACCCCAAAUUGAUAUUAUACAUGACGAGAAAUUAGUUCUCGGCGAAGGACCUCACUGGGAUCAGGAAGCACAAGUACUCUACUAUGUUGAUAUACCUGAAUCUACUGUCUUCAAGUACAAUCCGAGCACCAAUAAAGUCACCCGUGUGAUUGUGGAUAAACAAAAUAAGUCAGCAGUGAGCUUUGUCCUACCUGUGGCAGGUACCAAAGACAAAUUUUUGGUUGGACAUGGUAAAAAAAUAGCUCUUCUGACAUGGGAUGGUAUUACCACAGAUCCAACCAAUGUUGAAAUUCUUGUUGAAGUGGAUCCUGGGACUAUAAACGUAUUUAAUGAUGGCAAAGCUGACCCUUCAGGGCGUUUGUGGUCUGGAACUUGGGAACUAGCUACAUUUAAACCAGGUGGACCUGAAACGAGAAAGGGAACCUUUUAUUCUUUGAGCAGAGAUGGAAAAUCUACAAAACCUCAUUUCAGCGGUGUGGGAUGUAGUAAUGGUCUAGCAUGGUCUUCAGAUACCAAAACGUUUUAUUACGUAGAUAGUUUUAAUUGGACGGUCGAUGCAUUUGAUUAUAAUAUUGACAGCGAAGAGUUGACAAAUCGACGAACCAUCUUUGACUUGAAGAAAAAUAAUGUCAAGGGAAUGCCUGAUGGAAUGGCUAUAGAUAAGGAAGACAAAUUGUGGUUAGCCACGUGGGGUGGCUAUGCUGUUCAUCGAAUAGACCCUAAAACUGGUAAACAUCUUCAGUCUGUCCAGUUUCCUACAGAAAAGAUUACUUCGGUAGCGUGGGGUGGACCAAAUUUAGAUGAACUGUAUGUUACCAGUGCUAGCAUAUUCGAGUCGAAAGACGAUCGUUAUUCAGGUCGCUUAUUUAAGGUUUCAGGACUUGGUAUAUCUGGACUUCCAGGUGUACCAGUUAAAUUGUAAAUAUUGUAUAAUCCAUAAGCCUGAAAACCACCGAUCAAGUGUCCGUUUUUACGUACUAACGUACCAUAUUGUGUCAAACAAAAAAAGCAAAUCAAGAAUCUCUUGCACUUUGAAAA